CGCGGGGCGGGGCCUGCGGCGGAAGCGGCGCCGGAAGCGGCCCUGGGACUCGAAGCGGCGGCUGCGCGCGGACGCGGCGGGCCCCGCCCGCCAUGGUGCAGAGGAUGCUGCCCCCUCCAAAGGGGCCGGGGAAGCACCCUGGGGGCCAUCGGGCGAGACCCCCGCGGCAGAGCUGCCAGGUGCUGGCCGAGAGGAGCCUGAACGUGGUCCCCGUGGGUGCCUGGGUGGAGAGCGGCCCAGGGGAGCUGGAGGAGAGCUUGGCCUUCGCUUCAGCCUCCCGCGUGGAGGAGGAGCUGAAGGAGCAGCAGCGGCAGAAGGCAGCCAGGCUGAGGCGCUUCCAGGCAGAGGUGAAGCAGAGGGUGAGGCAGCAGCUCCAGCUGAGGAGGAAGCAGCAGCUGCAGGAGUCCUAUGAAGCACUCAGCAGAAGCACGAAGCAGGCCCGGCUCAGGCUGGCCUCCUGCAGAACCGUCCCCCCAGGACUGGGUCCCCCCGAGCUGCCUGGCGGUGUCUGGAGGCGAGAGCCACCAGAGCCCUGGGAGCCCCCUGCAGAGGAUGAGGGCGAGCUGCUGCAGCCGGCAGGCCACCGCCGCCCCCGAGCUGAGCCGCAGGAGCAGGGCACAGCCCCGCCUGGAGCCAAGCCAGGGGAUGACUUCUACAUCAAAAUCGCGUUUAAAAAGUGCUGUGCUGGCUCAGUGCAGGCCUCCAGCUCACCUAAACCUCCCCAGAGGCCCCACACCCAUCACCACACUCCUCCUGUGCUCUGGGCUGGUGCAGACCAAGAGGAAACCAAGAAGCAGCGCCGCUGCGAGCAGCUGCGGCUCAGGCACCUCCUGAUGGGCAUCGAGCGGCAGCAGGUGAGGGAGCAGCAGAGGCAGCAGGAGAAGCAGAGGAGGAUCCACCAGAUUAAGAGCAAGAAGGAGAACCAGUGCCAGGUGGAGGAGCAGAGGAUGCUGGAGAUGGCUGAGCAGAGAGGACUCUCCCCAGGUGAGGGAGCCUCUGAAACUUUGGCUCAGCUUCAGCUGGAGGAGAGGAGAGUGGAGAAGGUCAAGGAGAAGCAGCAGCGCCAUAAGGAGCGUGUGAGGUACCUUGAAGCUCUCAGAGCCCAGCUGAAGGAGAAGGUCAAACUGUGUCACAUUGAUCUGCCCCCAUUGUGCUCCUGUGGCUCCAGCUUCUGGGACUCUCACCCGGAUACCUGCGCCAACAACUGCAUCUUCUACAAGAACCACAAGGCCUACAGCCGUGCCCUGUGCUCCCUCCUCUCCUCCUGCGAGCCCCAGGGCAGGAGCUCCUCUGCCAAGCUGCUGCUGCGGGACCUGGCUGCUCUCUGCGGGAAGCUGUGAUGGGGCAGCCUCCUGUCACCGGCCCCUCCUGUGCCCCUGUGAUGGGUGUAAGUGGGCAGCAGGGCUGUGCCUUGUGCUGCCUGCUCCUGCCUGGCCUCCCCUCCAUCCCUCAGGACACCUCCUUUACUCUCCAGCUCCUCAGGCUCAGCUCCCAGCUGCACCUCUCCCGUUGCUGGGGCGCUGGGGCUGCUGCUGGCUGCGGAGGAGCCCUUGUGGGGCUGGUUUCUGGGCAGGCAGCUGGGCCCCGGGUGCUGAGCUGAGGAAUAAACUUUGUUUGUCUCA